AUGGGGGCGAGGAGAGAGAGAAAGGGUGUUUCGGACGAUCAAAAGUUGUCCACAAAUGGUGGCUUCUGGACUCUCCUCUCCCGCUUUACGGUCAUCAACUCUCUCCUUGAUUUUACCCUUCAAUUCAGACCAUCGCUGAAUUUAUGGACGGAGGCGGAGGAGAACGAGUACUCGCGAAAGGCUUUCUACAACCUUGUCCUCUUCAUCUCUUCUGUUGCUAUUUUCAGCUUGACUGCCCAGCGUAUGAGUGGACCGAAAGCUGGGCGAUGA